CAGCUGUUUGUUGUUGUUUUCAAAGUUGUGAAGUUUUUAGUGUUUUCGGUUGGGUUCUAUCCAUUGAGGUAGCAAAUUUUGUUCAUUUUGUUGGCAUUGUUAGAAUAACUUGCAACAUGAGUAUUCUUGCGGAAAUACUGCCGGCUGUCACCAAAAUAGAUGUAGAUGAGGUGAAUAAAAAAGUCCCCAAGCUGAAGCAAGAUGUAGAAUCUCUUAAAAAUGAUAUUAUUAUUAAUGUUGAAAAUAUCUACGUGAAAUAUAACCAUAGGCACACAACUAACAAUAUUUUACUGGAGAAAGCCAAACAGUUUCAAAACACUCUGACAGAUCUAAAAGACAAAGCAGAUUUCCUAGCUAACAAGGAUCUGACAAAAGCUGACAAAGACCUGAAGAGCAAUGUAAAUGAAUUGUAUAAAGUUGAAUUUAAAAUGAGGGUCUUGUUGAACUUGCUCAAUAUCAUGGAGCAAAUCAAUAAUUUCAAGAAAAACGUAGCUGCGUCCCAGUAUGUCAAGUGCAUUGCAAUUUUGAAAGAGUUUAAUGCAUUCAUUGAAGCCAUGCCUGAAGACGAAAAGUUUGAUGCUAUAAAUCAGCUGGUGUUAAGCGUGACAGAAGAAGAAUUAAUGCUUAAAAAUACUUUGAAAAAUAUCAUCACUGAUAACAUUUAUGUGAAACAAGUGCCAGAAAAGCAUGUUACAAUAUUGAAAAUCAAAAAACCUAAUGAAGAAAUGAAAACUGCUAUCAUGGCCUAUUAUAGUAGUCAGAAUCAAGUACUCCUGCUAAGUAAAAUAGCUAAGUAUCUUUGGGAAGAUUUGUUUGUGCCUAUUGUAAACCAGGAAAUUGAAAUAACUGAAAAAGAUACCAUUUCAUUUGCUUCUCUUAAUCUUAAUGUGAAAAGUGCAGACAAAAAGUCUGAUUACACCGUUGUUUUUAAUAAUUUAGAAAAAGUGUUAGGAUUUUUGACAAAACACUUUAAUUAUGAUGUAACUGAUAAUCUCACAGUGUUGGGAUACAUUGGAAAUGAUAUAAGAGAUAAUUUAUCAGAAUUGAUAAUCAAAAAUUGUUUAAGAGAUACAAUUCCAUCAAGCACAGAAGAACUUCAGAAUUAUAAAGUGGUUAUAGAGGCUACUAAAAAAUUGGAAAAAUCAUUGUUAGAUGCACAAAUAUUUACCACAGACACUACCUCCAUUCUAGAAUAUGCCAACAAUGUUGAUGUGCUUUUUAUUAAUAAAAUGUGCAAAGGCUACUUGGAGAGUGCCAUUGAAAUUAUGAAACAUGAUCUACACGAUAUUAUGGAUGUUGGAGUACCUUACAAUCCUGAGUAUCCAUUAGGCAAUGUGGAAUUGGAGUUUUCUCAAUGCGCCAUUUCAAAAAACGUCCAAGAACUCUUGAAAUUUUGUGAAGAAAUUCUCCAAAAAGCUUUAGGAGCGUCACCAGAAUGCAGCGGUCGUCUUUUUACCACUGUCACAAACAUUUUGUCAAAAUAUUUAACUUUUGUUCCUGAAUUCCAUAAAACCUAUCUGACAACUCUACCCCAACAAAUCGCAGUGUUUUUAAAUAAUUGCCAAUACAUAUCUUACACUUUGGUAAAAUGGAAUAUGGAGUAUUGCAGCCAAUUGAGACACGUUUUAGACACGUGUGAUUUUAGUAAAGAAAUUGGUCAAUUCUCCUCAGUAGAGCACGAGUUGUUUCAGAUAUAUAUUGAUGGUCAAGUUAAACAAAUUGAAGAAAUAAUGGAAGGCGCGCAACUAGAAGGCCGUACCAUUCAAAAAUUAGACUCAAAAACAGAAAAAAGCAUUAGACAAUGCUUGAGGCAACAAGAAUUACUCCGGACUGUUUGGCAUAAAGUACUCCCCUAUGAAGUCUACAAUAAAAAUAUAGGCAUAAUUGUGAACGCUUUAUGUAGAUGCCUUAUUAGAGACAUAAUAAAAUUUGAAGACAUUCCAGCAAAAGUUGCAGAAGAUUUAGUGGAAGUUAUCAAACUAAUACUGACAAGAGCACCAAAAUUGUUUAUUAAUCCCAAUGAAGUUGCACUGUACGUACCUUUGUGGUAUAAAUUAAACGAACUCAGUUUUGUUUUGAAUUCAAGUUUGAUGCAAAUUAAUGAUAGAUGGGCUGAUGGAAAAGGACCAUUGGCAUUGCAAUUUGAAGGAGACGAGUUGAAAGGGCUUAUCAAGGCAUUAUUUCAGAAUACUGACAGGAGAGCUGCUGUGUUAGCUAAAAUUGUGACUUUUAACGUAAGGAAUUGAUAUUUUGUAUUAUAAAAAGUUUUUGAAUAAAACACAAAAAAAAGUAUAGUUGUCACAUAAAGAUUUAUUUCCAAUGUCAGAAUAAAACUUUAAAAUAUUCUGUGUAAAAAAAAAAACUUUGACAUAAAAUAACGAUCCUGUGCUUUUCCAAAGUCUUUUCCUCACAAUAAGCUAAAAAAUUUUGCGACAUUUCACACACGGAGAUGUUUCAGCGCGAUUAUGUUUGAAAUCUGGUCCCACUACUAGAGAGAGUUCACUAACACUGUCAAUAUAUCACUUCGUAAACUGUCGCUUUUUUGUCACCUGAUCCUGUCACAAUGUAUUUAUCGUCUGUUGAGAUAUCACAACUGAGAACACUCGAAGAUUCUUU